AUGACGUCCAUAACCAAAAUCAUUAUUUUGAUCACCGCAAUCAUUGCCAACAGCGGAUAUGCACUCGAUGUCUUGGGUGACGAUAUAAAUCAACCAACCGCUCAAGUUUCCGAUACGCCGUCCAAUGUGAAGCGGGAUCAGCCUUACCUGAGAAGAUGUGAUGACAUAAGUGGCUGCGUUACAACCGAUGGAAGUCUUGAUUAUCCGAUAAACCGUGACUAUCAUGAAGUGAUGAGACCAAAGGGCCCAAGAUCUCUAGACAGCAAGAACGCCAUCAGCAAGCUUUCAGGCCUGAGGGAACGACGACAAGCUGUAGUUAAGACUAAAGGUUCAGAUGAUGGUCCUAAUUCGGUUGUGUCACUCCUCGCCAGAUCCAGUUCUCCAUUAAGAUCCAUGAUAAGAAACAGAAAUCGUCGAACAAUACCGGAGACAUCUUCCAAUAAAAACACUAGAGUGGAGAAACACACGAAGGAUGUCACUAAUCGAAUAGCAACUACGAUGUCAAAUACUAAACGUUUACUUAUGUUUUUAGUAACUACUCUUACUUCGCCAAUCAUUGUGAUCACUCCAGAGUUUAUAGACAACACCAAACUUUAUACUUCUUAA